CAUAGUACAUAGUACAAGGACAAAGAAAGCAAGAAGGCGGCCAUUGAUAUCAUCGAAAAAGGAUUCAUCUUUUCGAUCUCCUUCUUCGCCAGUCCAGUCCUCACAAAUCGCCGUCUUCCUUCCAAAAUGAAGGCAUCUCUCAAGAGUCGAUACGAUGCUGACAAGAGCGCCGCCUCCGUAGCCGCCACUUUCGUUGUCAACGUCGGCGACGUCAAGCUUCGUGCUUCCAUGACUGACGCAACCUUCACCAACGGACCCAGUUUUAACGGAUUGGGUAUUUCACUCGAUAAGCCUGGACGUUUCAUGGUCGAUUACAACGUACCAAAGAAGGAUUUUAGGUUUCAGUUCAUGGAAACGAUUAGGGUUGGUGGGAAACCAUUGAAUUUGACUUAUAUACAUCACAAGGGUGAUAAUCGGUCUAUACUGGAAGGAACCCUAGUUGUUGAUUCGGCUAAUAAAGUAUCGGCGAAUGGUGUGCUUGGUUCUAAUAACUGCAAGCUGAAGUACAGUUAUUUGCAUCAAGGGGUUACUACAUUUGAACCUGUAUAUGAUUUGGCAAAGAAUUCUUGGGAUUUUGCUCUUUCUCGUAGGGUUUAUGCGGAUGAUGUUUUCAAAGCUUCUUAUCAGACUUCUUCCAAGGCUUUAGGGCUUGAAUGGUCGAGGAAUUCCAAGUUGUAUGGAAACUUUAAGAUCAAUGCAUCUAUGAACUUGGGAGAGGAGCUAAAAAUGCCAAAACUAAUUGGGGAGACUACUUGGGAUUUAGAUUUUUGAUUCAUUUUCUUCUCUUUUUGAUAAUCAGUACACUACUGUUUUCAAUUAUUGGUUCCAUUACUUACAAUACUAUUAUUAACAUAAAAAUUGUUACUUUUUAGGGGUUUUGAACCCCUUUAUGGAUUUUAUAUUUUAUUACUUGCACAAUUUGAUGG